AAAAAAAUUGCCCACCUUAAAGUUCGGUCAGUUUUUUAAAAUUUUUAAUUUUUUAUGAGCCUAGUUUCUUGCCUAUCUUGGGUUCCAAGAGGAUAUGCAGCAGCAAGAUCUCAAAGAAUAAAAUUAGACGAGACCGAAUUAAAAGCUCUUUUUAAUAAUGAGACAAAUGAAAGUGAAAUUGCCACUAAUAGUAACGUUGAUAGAUGUUUAGAAAGUGAAGUAGAUAAUAUAUAUGGUUUAAAUUCAUAUGAGGAGGAUGCUGAUAAAUCUGAAGAAAAUUUUGGCAAAGAAUUUGUUAAUCUCUCUAAAAUAUCGUGUUAUCAUUCUAACAAAUUAGACCCAUACAUUAACCAUAAAAAAGAUAUAGGAGGAACAAAAAAACAAACACAUAAAUUAGAAGAUUCUGAUUUAGAUUCUGAUGAGCUAGAUGAUUGGCUAAUCAAACCUGAUGAUAAUUUAUUGUCUUGUGGUGUUAUAAGUGCUGAUGGCAAAGGCUCUAUAGAGACAUAUAUCUAUAAUAGAUCAGAAGACUCUUUUUAUAUCCAUCAUGAUACAAUGCUCCCUUAUUUGCCACUUUCAUGUGAGUGGUUUUCUUUUGACAUCCAGUUAUCUAAUUCCCCUAAUGACCAAAUCAAUCAUCGACAUGAAAAUAAUGAUGAUAAUGCAGAAAAUGAAUCUGUCUCUACAAUAAAUUACAGUGGAGCUAAUUACUUAGCAGUAGGAAAUAUGAAGUCGUUCAUAGACAUAUGGGAUCUGGAUAUAGAUGGGGCUCUCGAACCUCAUUUUACCCUUAAACAUAAAGGUGGCAAGAUUCAAAAGAAAAAAUAUAAAGGAGUUUUAUCCCUAGCUUGGAAUAGAAUGGCGACACAAAUUUUGGCUUCCUGUACUUCUACCGGAUAUGUAAAUCUAUGGGAUUUAAAAGAGGGACAAAAAUUGCAGGAUUACAAGUAUCAUACUGAUAAAGUAAAUAGCAUAGCCUGGCAUCCGCAAGAAUCCAACCUUUUACUCAGUGGAUCAUCAGAUGGGAAUGCGGUAUUAAUGGAUUGCAGGGUCGAUUAUUCAUGUCAAGAAAAUAUCAUAAAGAGCAAUAAUGAAUCCUGUUACCCCAUUUGGAAAGUAGGAAAGGAAAUCGAAAAUGUGGCUUGGAAUGAUCAUGAGCCCUAUCAAUUCUUAUUGGCAUGCAACGAUGGAUACGUGAUUUGUUACGAUUGCAGGAAUGUUGGGAAGAACCAAAAAAAUUUGUACAUCUUAAAAAUUGUGGAAGAAAGCUCACCUAACAUCGAACAAAGUUCAUCCAUAGUCGUCAACUGGCCCAGGUUAUUAACUUGUCACAGUUCCGAAAAUCUUAUUAAAAUUUGGGACAUCAAGGACGCUAAUACCGACAAAGGCCCUUCCCUUUUAUCCCGAAAUAAAAUCGGAACCAAAAAUGUUCACGCGAUCAAGCUUUUACCUCUCGAGCAAUACGAUUACCACAAUCUUGAAUCGGACGUUGAAAUUGGCGACAAUAAAAAUAAAGCCGAUGACGAAAAUGAAUACGUAUUAGCCUUAGCAUCCUUGGGUACCACCAAGCCUCAAAUCAAAAAGCUUUCGAAUAUUACAUCUUCCCCUGGCAUAUCAAUCGCAUCGCUACACUCUAAUGAUACCACUAUAGCAAAUGAUUUUAUGAAACUAGAGAACGUCGCCAUAAAAGACAAGAAAAAACCCACAUUCCAGAAAAGCGAAUCCCGAAAAACUGGUCUAUCAACCGAAAAUAAAAUCAAGAAAAAAAAGAAAAAGCGAAAAGCGAAAACAUAAAGAAACUUAAAUCAUAAUAAUAAUAUAGAAAAAAAAACGAUAUUUUUGUUUUUAAUAAAGUUCUUAUUCGAAUGUACAAUGCGAUCAAAAUAUUUAUAUUAUAAUGAAUUAAAUAACCGAUUUAUAUUAUAGCGAAGUAAAUGAUCAUUUUCGCUCAUUU